AAAUUAUAGAAUAAUUUAGCUUGCAGUAUCGAUGCGGUAGGUCGUAAAAGAUUGGUCGGCCGUCAAAAUAUUAUUAAGUACGCUCAAUCGAGGCGAGAGAAGCAUAAACGACGUUGUCGUCUGCGUCAGGCGCACAAUUACCGUCGUCGUUUUAAGCGUCGUGUCGAUGAUAGUCAAAACGAGCAUCCGGACGCGGCAUCAGAGAUGGAAGAAAACAAGACAAGUGCAAGAUGAGCAACCAGACGAAGCUGUUUAAAAAAAGAUACAAAAAACGGAGGAAAGAGCGCGUGGAAGAGCGCAAUCUUGUUGGAUGCUGAUAAUUGGUGGCUUCUAGAAUGAAAUAGAGAAAAUGGGGGAGUUUACGUUAAAUCAAACAAAGUCAGAAAACGUUUAUUAUUACUUUUAUUUUUUCAAAUAUAUUUUUUAGUAAAAAAUGGCAAAUUGCCAUUAUAUUUAUAUUAAUUUUUUCCAUUUUACAAAUAAAAUUAGGAAUCUCCUAUAAUUAUAUUAUAAAUCUGUCAUACAUUGCGAAAGAUCUAUAUCAUACUUCUUAACAAAUAGCUUUUUUCAUAAUUAUAAUAAAUGAAUUCGAAUGAAUAUGAAUUCGAUUUCCGAUUGACUCAUGAAUCUUUAGACAUUAUGACUGUUAAGCACGCUAUUGCUCGGACAUCACGGUCCAUCUCGAAUAACAUAUUAAUUUUGUGAAUUACCGCUUAUCUCUUCUGACAUAAUCAAUUUGACGAAUAAUCUUGUCGCAAAGAUACCCGCCGUUUCCGACACACAUAGCUCACACGUCCGACUGGCGCAUCCUCCUUCCGAAAAGGCUCACAUUCCGACACGUCCAUCCCUAAACGUCGACCAACCCGGAUACUCUUCCAGGAACAGCUGCAUUGGCGCGAGCGACAAGCCGAAAAAACGACGCCGUGAACAGUAUCAGGAAAAAAUCGCGCGGGUUCAAAAGAGAAACGAGAAGGAAAGGUAAAAAAAAAAAACAAAAUGCAGGUGUCAUAACUAACUGUGAGUGCAACGAACUAGCCGGAUGGUGAAAUGAUGUAGGCACAGGGGACAUUUCUUUACCGUCGCUGUGUUAAUUGCCACUUUUAUCCACAAAGCCGUUCGCUCGCGGGUUUCGAGGACAUCGAAACGGUCCCCGCUGGAUCGAUCGCAGAUCCCACCAGGUCGGUUUAUACGACUUGGUUGCAUUGUGAGACUAUCGACGUGCCUCCCUCUCCCUUGCCUUUUCUCCUCAUCUCUCUUUCUUUCUUUCUUGCCCUUCUCACUAACCCCCUGGCGCUGCUCCUGGUCCCACUGUGCACCAGAAUGUGCCUCCGACCUUACCAAACUAGACGCCAGACUGGUUUUUGCCCAAUUUAGAUCCCCCAUUGUUCGGUCCGCGCUGGAACGAAAAUAAAGGAACCACUAACCGCGUCCUAUUCACGUACGUUGCAUAGGAAAACACCGGCAGUGCCAACGAACACGCUCGGCCCCGUGUCAAAUUGGUAUAUGUUGGCGAGAUAGGUGCAAGGUCAUGCCAGAAGUGAGUGCGGGCGGGUCUAGAUGGUUUCUUACUUCGCGAAAUAAAUUUUCUGCUGUUUACUGCGCAGACAGAAUUUUUUAUCACACUUCAACUCAAGGUAGCCAUUAAUAUUUUGCAUGACUAGUUCCCCACUCUCCAAACCGAGAUGUAGGUCUUGGCUGAAUUUGAUAUUUUAGAGAAUCAAGCUUUAGUUGCACGAAUCGUCCAUCAGCUUAACUGCAACGAAACAGAAGUGUUAGCGCGACAUUUUAAGGCAUUGAUAAGAAGUUGAAGUGUAGAUCGAUAUGUUCCAAGGGUUGCGUACAGUUGGUUCAUUGUGCUUUCUCUGUUCCUCUCGAAGUACGCUGAAAUGCGAUGAAAGGAGCUCUAUGAGCAACCAGGUGUAGAUGGCCUCCAGGUGUUUCUUAGUGUUCGUCAAGACAGCCCUUUUGGUAUUAUCUUCUCUCGAUUAUUUUUGUAUACGAAAGUAUCCCGAUGUUUUUAUAUUAAACUUAUUGCAGAAAUUAUUUGUUUGGUCUAUAUUUAAUAAAUAUAAUAAACAAAUAUCUUAGACAUUAAAAAAAAAUAUAUAUAUACAUAUAUCGAUCAAGAAUCAAACUAUAAUUCUCCGCUAAUAUGUAAGAAUAAUAAUAAUAUAAUUAAUUCUUCGGAUUUUAAUUGUCCAUUAAAUUAAAAGAAAAUUAACGAUAGGCCCGAAGAUUAAAUUAACUCUAUUCAAAAACAGAAUAUAGAUCCACAUUCCCCUGUGUGCAUUCCCAGAAAUGAUCUACAAGUAAAAUGUGCGUUCUUUUUCUAAGUGGCUUGAAUAAUUUAAUGAGAAUCCAUUGCAGCAAAAGGAAUAGUUACUUUGUCGGUGCACCGGGUCCUCAUUAUAUGGCACGUAACGGAACUUAAUCUCUCUCUGUUUCUACAGUCACCAGGUAUUUUCUAUGUGAGAUGUGUUAUGCGUAGCACCAGCCAUUGCUACGAAGAUUAAAGGACUCACUAUCUAAUUCUCCUUGUCUUAAUUAUCUUAUGAGACGCGAUACUCCUAAUAAUGAAAAACGAAAUUUCUCCAUAUUUCUUGAUAUAAUAAUAAAAUUUAAAAAAAAAUUUUUUUUUCUAGUUGUAUUUUACAAUGUUGUAUAUUUAUAUUAUAUCUCAAUUCCGUUAAGCGCUGAAGAUGACUUAAAGGAAAGUCGAAACGUUUGUAACGCGUGUAGUUUAAUUAAAUUGUAACAUAACGGAAAAUUAUUAAAUUGUCGUUGUUUUUCCGCACCGAUAACUGCACUGACUCCUUAUGGCCGUAUUUUUUGCGUUUAAAAUGUAGUUUUUUUUUUUAUUAUUAAAAAGACAACGCAAAAAAAUAUGGACGCGAUUCUAAAGUUAAUUAUUUGUAAAUACAAUAUUUCAUCGCGUGAUUAACACUAAAAAAUAAAUAAUAAGAUGAUAAUUUAUAAAAGUAAAUGAUAAGAAGAUACUUUCUAGGUUUUUUUUUAUUUGAAUUUGAAUUGAUUAUUAAUCGUCUUUUCGGAUUUAUAGCCGUGGAACAGCAUAAAACACAGUAACUCGUUUGGCGGCGAUAAUGGUCAUUGAUUCAUAUGUCAUCUGGCUGCAGUAUGCGUCACUGCGUUACUGCAGUUAUAUAGAAACGGGUGGCGUUAGAUGCAUCACUGGUUCGUCACGCGGGAUAAUUCUGCGCAAGCUGCUCGAAUAACCGAAUGACGAGUAUGAAAAGUCUCCUAAUCAUCAACGAACGCGGACGCAGCGUUAGUCAUUCACAGAUCAAAACAGAAUAAUUUUCUUGACCAUUUAUAGUGUUUUCUUAAUUUCAGGUCAAAGAACUUGAAUUAUCCUCAUGUACGGUGUACGAUAAAAAUUACACGUAUCUAGAUACAUACAAAAUCUCGUAACUUCUUAAUAAUUUUAAAAGAAUAUAAUUAUUUGUUUGAUUAAUUUAAGCGAGAUUAUCGUCGAAAAAUCAAAUGUACAUUUAAAUCAAUCAAUAACUCGACGCACAUUGGAUUCUUUAACCCUAUACCUUUGAUACAGAUCGCCUUGUCCUUACUACUACGAAUUCCGAUCACGUAUAGACAGUGCAACGACAUACUUUCCUCCGGAAAUUCGAACACAAGUGAAGCUAACAGAAAUACAGACUUAAUUAAAUAUUAUGUCUAUACCUUGCACGCUCCGUUAGCGGCUCCUUCACGGCCAUGUCGUAAAAUGUAUACUUUAGUAUAAAAGAAGCGAUCAAAGUACUUCGGAAUUCCAAAAUGAAGGAACCUUCCGUCAUAAAUUUCAGAAAUUAGCGAGGGCUCUUUUCUAAUCUGCCGACAUGCUUGGCGCUUUACACCGUUGGCGAUAACGAUGUCUGAUGUUCUGGAAGGGAUUGCAAGACUAAUUCUCUGUAUUUAACGAAGAAAUGAUUAUUUAAAAACUAUAAUAAUUAUGCGCGUAAUUAAACAACUUGUAAUGUAGCAAUCAUUUAUUCCAGUACUCUUUAUUUCUAAGUUUUGGCUUUACAAUAUUAGCUAAAAGUUAUCAAAACUUAAAAAUCAUUUUAUUUUGAAAAAUAACUCAAAUUUCACUCAGAAUUUUAUUACAGAUAUUCAAAAGUAAUAAUAGAACGAUCUAUGAUUUAAAAUAUUUUGGUAAAUCUUCUUUAAGAUGUGACACAUACAACCAAUAAAAUAAUUUGUAGCUGCAUGCGUACCAUAAAUUAAAGUAUUUGAUCCAACUUAAAAAAAAAAAGAAGAUAUUGUUUCAACCAUUACGGAUACGUCUACAAUCAAAUUUUAAAAUGCUAUUAUUUCAUUUUUUCUACUCGUACUCAUUAUUUUAUUGGUUCACUUGGCAGCAAGAGUGGAAGAUUCUAUUUCCAGCAUUUUCGAUAUAGACACGUAGGACACCUCACGUGCAAACGUUCGACACAGAAGAUAGCUACAGCCCUGCCACUAACAAUAAGUCCGAGCCCUGUAAAGGGCCUGGUGAGCGCCGAUCCCACUCCUGGGCCAGACCCGUGCUGGAGCCUCUCGCCCAUUCCAUUCCAGACCCGUGUAGUCGUUUCUCGCGUGCAUCGCCCGCCGGAGGAAGCAUUCCAUUCAUGUCUCGGAGCGCGCAACACGCUCGUCGCAGCGCCGCGUGAAAAAGAGAGAGAAAGAGAGAGAGAGAGAGAGAAAAGGCCACACGAAAAAGUAGCCCCGCCGUGAAGAGAAGCGUUGGGUCCUCUUCGCUACCUGGCGCUACAUCGCCUUCAACAACAACAACGACGACGCCGCCGCCGCCGCCGACGACGACGACGGGUCGUGAUGACGAUCGACGGUUUCGCCAGGAACGUCAGCCACUCGCCCCGCGAACGCGUCCAACGCCAAACACGUGGUCCUGCGUUACUAUCUGGGCGUCGCACCGAGCGCAUCCGGGGAUGCAGUGAAGCUGCACUGGUAGAAGUCGAGAUGUUGUGAUGGCUGGUAGAUCACGACGUUCGAGCACAGAGCUCGAACCAGAUUUAUCGACGCCAACUGCUCCGAAGAAACCCAAGCAAUCCGAAACCUCAUCCGAAUCGUCUGGAGAGGAGCAUUUAACGGAAGUGGAAAGUAGUAUCGAAACACCAACCGCGAGUGAGAUAUCUUUACAGGCGGAGGUUGUGGUCGUCCAAGAAGGAGACAAACAGCUCUCAGAUGUUACUGAACAGGCAGGAACAUUAAAGCAAUCAGUUUUGAUCAGUGAAACGUCCCCGGAGUCGACCAACCAAUCAUCCAAAACGGACACGGGUCUUUCUAGACGAGAGAGCGGCACCGCAUCGACCUCUACAGAAGCGGUUCCGAGCACCUCGAGAGAAGAGCAACUCGGCCCCCUGAAAUCUAUUCUAAUGAAGUACAGCGAUCAAGGCGAGCUCUCUGGUCCUUCCAGAAGAAGACCAGAGGAGACGACGGUACAAAGUUUUUUGCUGCGCGAUCAUGCGUCGUACGAGGAUCUGUCCCUUAUCGGGAACGGCGCUUACGGGACGGUGUACAAAGCUAAAGAUAAAACUAGCGGUCAAAUCGUAGCGCUUAAGAAAGUUAGGGUACUUUUGACGGAUGAUGGCCUGCCUAAUUUCACGGUGAGGGAGAUUUCUACCCUAAAGUCGCUCGAACAAUAUGAACACCCACAUAUUGUCAGAUUGUUGGAUGUCUGCCAAGGAGAUUAUUUACAAUUACCAUCGGGAGACGGUACACGUUCCGAAAGGCUGAACCAUGGUCUCACCCUCUGGUUGGUGUUCGAACACGUGGAAAGAGAUCUCGCUUCGUACAUAGCGCAGUGUCGGAGUAGCAUACCGCGAUCUGGCAUUUCACCGUAUCUCGUGAGACAAAUGUCAAAAGAGAUACUUUGCGGAGUAGAAUUCCUACAUAGCCAUAGAAUAAUACACAGGGACUUGAAGCCGCAGAAUCUUUUGGUAACACGCGAAGGGAGAAUCAAAAUCGCGGAUUUCGGUCUGGCCAAGACCUACGAUUUUGAGAUGAGAUUAACUUCCGUGGUAGUAACCCAAUGGUAUCGAGCACCUGAAGUACUCUUAGGAUGUUCCUAUGCCACUCCUGUAGAUGUUUGGUCUGUCGGAUGCAUAUUAGCAGAACUUUGCAAGUUGGAACCAUUGUUCCCAGGCACCAGUGAAGGCGAUCAACUGGACAGGAUUUUCCAAGUUUUGGGUACUCCGUCACAGCAAGCGUGGCCAGAGAAUGUAUCACUUAGUUGGACAGCUUUCCCACACAGACAACCCAAACCUCUCGGUGCAAUAAUACCAGAUCUCAAUGAACACGGAUUAGACUUAGUAAGGAAUAUGCUCAUGUUUGAUCCUCAUAGUCGUAUAACUGCAGCUCAAGCCGUAAGACACCGAUAUUUUUCCGAAGAGAGCGUACAAUGACUAUUUUAUAAGUUAUCUAGAUUUAUUGCUGGAUUAACUGGCAAACACAGACUGACGUAAUUAUAUUCAGAAUAUGACUUUGAGCAUAUGCUAUAACAGUAGAGAUCCUAUAAUCAGAGACUGGCCAUGACUGCCUGUGGUUUUGACAGAAUUCUGCGAGAGAGAAGGAUAUAUAUUACUAACUCUUUUUUUCUCUUUCUCUUCUAUUUUUUUUUCUUAUCCCUUUUACUAUCUCUUUCAUUCGAGAAUUGCCAAAAGUGACUAAUCUUUGAUCAGAGGGUCUCUGUACAACAGUAUGAAUUAUUAUAUUAUAUAUGUAGAAUUACUAAUAACAUGUUGAUUUAAAUGUUGAUUUAAAUAUCUAAUAAAGGCGCGCAUAGACUUGUUGCGUAUCCGUGUAUUGUAUCAAAAUUUUGAUACAAUGAUAAAUAAUAAAAAAAUAUAUGUAUAGCGUAUCAUGAGAUGCAUCAAUAUGCAAAUACGUAGCAUAUCUAUAUCCCCUUUAAUCCGAGUAUUAAGAAUCGCUUGUGCCUAUAAAUGUUAAAAUAACUAUAAAUUCAAUUAGUAUUUAAAUUUGUUAUAUCAUAUUUAAUAUACAUAUGAAAUAGUAGUCAUACGUAUCUCUUAUUUUUACACAACUGUCCUUACGUAACUAAGUUAUUAACAGUAAAUAUAAUCAACCUCUAACAGUUUGCGAAAUAAACUUAUAAUAUUUAAGUUAAUUUAUCUUAGGUUUACUUUAAUGUACGAUGUGAAAAGCGAUUAUUAUUAUUUUUGAUAUGUUAUUUAUUUACGUAAUAUCUUAAUGUUUCAGUCAGACGUUUUUCUAUAAUGACAUGAAUUAUAUUGCUUAUAACUUUUUUUUAAGGUCACAACAGUUAUUACUUUUUUAGCAAUUAGUAAUUAAUUACAUUAACACGAUACAUUAUAGUUACAUAAGAUUUAUGUAGUUGCGGCAAAUCCUAUUAAAUAUAAAAGCGUAUGUGUAAAUUGUAUAGUUGAUGCACAUAUUUACUAACUUAGUUUUUAAAACUAGUGUAAAAAAGUGUAAGACAGUACUACGUAUAUUUUUUUAUAAGUAGAAUUAUUUUUCUAAGACUGGGGCCUUGUGACCCAUUAGGAAAGAAAGGAAUGAUUUAAGGAUCUUCCGAAAAAAACCAGAAAGCGCACUGCCAUACUUUGUAAGUACUACGAUUGCAAUCAAUAGCGUAUUUUUUAUUAAUGUACAAUAUCGACGAUACGUGUAUAAAGCAAUAAGUGACAAUAUUUAUAUGCCUCUUAGGUGCAUUAUUGUAUUAAGACAUUGAGAAAUGGAUAAGCGCAUUAUUAAGAGAAGACUGUCAUAUGAAAUAAAAAUUUUAUAGUUUUAUA